AUGCAAACUGACAAGUCUCGACAAGAGAAAUUUAUCGAGGUCAGUAUAGAUGAGGGCGAAAGAGGGCUCGGAAGCAGAUCAAGCACGAUCGCGUCGGUAUCUCUGGUGGUAAACAAGCUUCCCUGGUACAGAAGCAAGAGAAACGUGGUUCCGCUGCUUUGCUUCUUCAGUGUGUUUGUAAUGUAUAUUGUACGCUUCAGCUUUUCGCAGGCCUCUAUCCCGAUGGCACAGGUAUACCAUUGGUCUCAGUUCGAACUUUCGCUAAUUGUCUCUUCAUUCUACGCUGGCUAUCUUCCAUCGCAAAUCUUCGGGGCGUGUGCCAGCAAGGCUUGGGGCGGAAAGCCUGUCGUUGCUGUUGGUUUGCUUCUUUCAUGUUUUGGAUCAAUUUGUAUUCCAAUUUUGGCAAACCACUAUUUUUUGGUGCUAGCGCUUAGGGUUCUCAUGGGAAUCGGGCAGGGAUGCAUGUAUCCUGCCAUGUGCGAGCUACUUUCCCAAUGGGUCAUCCCUCCUGAAAAGGCCUUAUGGCUAAAUUUUUCAUGGUCUGGAGGACAGGCUGGAACCAUUUUUUGCCUUGGCAUUUAUCCCCUGCUAGAAGAGACUUUUGGAUGGAAGUUUCCAUUUUUUGCGUUUGGAAUGAUUGGCGUGGUUUGGUUCUACUUUUGGAGCUCGCACGUGUGGGAGACGCCGCAAAAGCAUCCAUCUCUUUCUGCCCAAGAAAAACUCAUUUUAGAAGCAUACCCGCCAAGAGGAAAUGCCAUCAAGGGGGCCUCUGAGCAGCAGUCCAAGGCAAUACCAUGGCUGGCCAUCAUAUCCUCUUGGCAAAUAUAUCCUGUGGUGCUGAUUUAUUUUGGGUACAAUUGGCCAUUCUACCUGAUGAUAAAUUCGCUUCCAACUUAUUUGCAAACGGUUUUGGGAUUCAAAUCCUCUAAGCAGGGGCUUCUUUCUAUGCUUCCAUAUAUUUUUCUUUGGAUUUCUCUGAUCUCAUCUGGGAUGUUUUCGGACUGGCUGGUUAAGAAAAAGAAAGUCCCGAUUUGGCUCCAGAGAAAAGGAAUGGUUUUUCUGGGACUGUUUCCCUCCGCCAUCGUUUUACUCUUUUUGUCCCAUUUUUCUUCUUCUGUAUUUUGGACCUUGGCUGCAAUUAAUUUUUCCAUUGCAAUGCCAGGGAUCUCGAUGAGUGGAUUUUCGCCCGCUGCUUUUGAUUUAUCUUCCGAAUAUGCCGGGGCAAUUACAUCCAUUUGCAAUGUGUUUGGAUCGCUAUCUGGGAUCAUAUGCCCAAUAGUUACGGGAAUCAUUCUUGACCAGGCUAAUUGCAGUGCUGGACGUGACGAAAAUCCAACUGCAUCUCUUGCAUGCAAACAUGCGUGGUUCACUGCAUUUGCAAUAGGCGGUGGCGUGUACAUUGCCGUUACUUUAAUUUGGGUUUUAUUUGCAUCUUUUAAAUCAAUUUCUUUUUCUCAUGGAAAACCAUGCAAACACUAG